AUGGAGGAGGUUGUGUCAGCCAUGGUCAUUGAGGAGAGCAGACUUCGGAUGAUGAGUAAUAACAAUCCUGUAAAGUCGGCCUACACCAUAGUGGCAGAGAGGAAGUGCUACAACUGUGCAGAGGAAGGACACUUGAGCUACAAUUGUCCUCUUCCUAAAAACUAUGGUGGUAGGAGUGGAGCUCGUGGAGGUCGUGUCAAUGCUCGUGGAGAUCAAGGAGGUGGCCGUGGUGGUCGUGGAGGAGGUCAUACAGGGGGUCGUGGCAGAGGCCGUGGUGGCCCUCAAGCCAAUGCUGCUACCAUGGAGAGUGGUCCUCAAGUCAAUGCUACUACCAUAGAGGAGGUUCCAUCUCUCAACUUGACUGGGGAGCAGGUCAUGCAGUGGGAACAAUGGCAGAAGAUCAAAGCAUCUGAAGUCUCCAAGACUACUCCAGCCUGUCCUGUGAUUGCCACCACCAGUCACUUUGGUAACUUUGCCAACUAUGCCCACUUGGGCAAAGGAGAAGAGGACUGGGAGAGUGAUUGGGACUAG